ACAGUCACCCAGGCAGAGACAGUGAGAGGUGGAAGAUAACUAACACAGCACUUAGAAUGAUGAUCCUCCUUAUUUUCAGCUUCUGCUGGAUUAUAGCUGGAUCUGAUGCUGUAACUACAGUAACUGGAUACAGAGGAAGAUCAGUUCAUAUUAAAUGUCCCUAUAAACCUGGAUAUGAAGAAUACAAGAAAUAUCUCUGCAGAGGUGACUGUAGCUGGAAGCAUGUUCUUAUUUAUUCUGGAUCUCCUGCUAAAGACACCAGAUUCUCUCUGUACGACAACACAACAGCCAAAAUCUUCACCAUCGACAUCACUGAUCUGAGAGAAGAGGAUGAGGGCACUUACUGGUGUGGGAUCGAGCGAAUGUGGCCUACAAUUGAUAUUUACACAGAGCUACAACUGCUGGUUGAAAUAGAUGUUCCUGCCAGCAGUACCGUCUCACAGUCCACACACACCACAUACUCUGCUACAACACAUAUCACAAGUCCAUCAGUGCAUCCUGAGACUCCUCCAGCUACAAACAAGGUUCACCACAAAGCCACUGCUCCCUCAUACAAUGCUGCCUACCUCCUGAUCAGUACAGGUGCGGUGGUGUUCACUGUUGGUGUGAUUACUGCAAUCUACUGCAAAAGAAGAUGUCAAGGCAUCUUUCUACCAUCUUUCGAAGAGACGAGCAACAUUUACGAAAAUGAGCAAAAUGUUGAUUCUCCCCAAGCGAACGCCAAAUUACCCGAAUCUGUGUGCAGGACUCCGGACGCAACCACUGACCAAUCAGACUCAAUCUACCAGAAUUCAAAUGUUACUGAUAUCCAAUCAAAUCCAGUCUACCAGAAUCUGACCUUCACUUAUAAAAAAUAAGAUUCAGAGAAGUUUCAAACGUUACUGAGAUUCUGCCUGGACUGUGGAUUACUCGUGUGCUGAUGUUUUUUUUGCUGUACACAAAAUCAGAUUUCUGUUGAGCAACUUGUUCGUGGAUUGUCAAUAAAUUGUGUUUUAAUUUAAUAAAAAAAAAUCACAAAUGUAAACAUUCAUUCUAAGAAAUACACUUUUAGAGACAGUGGCAUUGAGUAAAAGACAGGAGGUGGAGCUGGAGGUAG